GUAAUCGCCAAGGAAGACAACCGCCACAGGAUCAAAUAUAUAGGCAUAUAUAGCAACGCAGGUCGCAGGCAGGGGAGCAACAUACGUAGUACACAACUUGUUCAGGAUCGUCUUCUCCAUCUCCGGCGGCGGCGGGUGGUUGAAGGCAGCCCCCCUACUGAACCCAAUCGCGCGGUCGCGCCUUGUGCAUCAAACAAGGCCUCUCAAGAUGUUCGUCGUAGAAGACAAGGGUAGCGCCAUUGCUCUCAUGUGCGCCGCCCUCCUCUUCUUGGGCACAUGGCCAGCAUUGCUCACCCUCUUGGAGCGCAGGGGCCGGCUACCGCAGCACACGUACCUCGAUUACUCGAUCACCAACCUCCUCGCCGCGGUCCUCAUUGCACUCACCUUGGGCCAGCUUGGGGACAGCAAGCAAAACAUGCCCAAUUUCUUCACCCAGCUCAAUCAGGAUAACUGGCCUUCGGUGCUGUUUGCAAUGGCAGGGGGCCUUGUGCUCAGUAUUGGGAACCUUUCUACACAAUAUGCUUGGGCAUAUGUGGGUCUCUCAGUUACCGAGGUUAUCUGCGCAAGCAUGGUUGUUGUUAUAGGCACAACACUGAAUUAUUUCCUGGACAACCGCAUCAACAGGGCAGAUAUUCUUUUCACUGGAGUGGCUUGCUUCCUUGUUGCAGUCAUCCUUGGGACUGCUGUACACUCUUCCAAUGCAGCUGAUAAUGAAGAGAAACUAAGUGAAUCCACAAAUGGCUACAACCUUGGGUAA